AUGCCGUUUAUUUGGUAUUACCUCUGCGAGAUUGUCUACGGUUUCGUGAUUUACUUCAUCAAACUAUCCAUUCUCUGGCUUUACCUCCGUAUCUUUCCGAAAGGGAUAUUCCAUAGAUGGGUUAUUGCCACAAUGGUCUUCGUCACUCUAUCUUUGGUUAUCACGAUGCCAAUGGUAAUCUGGCAAUGUGUCCCGAUCAGCGCAAUCUGGGAUCUAAAGCGCAACGACGCGCAGUGCCUUAGCAUCUCGGGAGUCGCCUACGCAAGUGCAGCUAUCAACGUUGCCACCGAGAUUGUGAUAUUGAUUCUUCCCAUACAUCUUGUCUACAAGAUUCGUGUCUCAAAAUCCACGAAGUUUGCUCUAUAUGCACUUUUCAGUGCUGGGAUCUUCGUUAUCGCUACUGCAUGUGCACGGAUACCAAGCCUGGCACAUGUCGACGCAGUCAGGGACCCAACAUAUUUGAUCCGCAGUCCCUUCUAUUGGUCAUGCGCAGAAACAUCAGUGGCACACAUAUGUGCAACAGCGCCGGCUAUGCGGCCAUUGUAUUUGAAGUUGCGGGCUAUGAUUCGCCUAAGAAAUGAUCAAGCAGUAAGCUCUGAUUUCUCCGGGGGUGGCCCAACUUUGGAUCCAUGCAAGACAGUCCAAGAAAACUCGGAAGAGCGGGAAAAGGAUGACGAAAGUGCCGACGAGGUCUUGACCUCUACUGUUUAA